AUGUCCACAUACGGUCAAUUAGCCACAGUUGAGGUUUGCCAAACGUUUCUGAAUGAUAGAGUUGGAACUUCCCUUCACAUACUACAAGAAGGUUUCCGUUCAUUUCCCAGUGGACAUCUGUCUACUGUUUUUUGUGGCAUGGUUAUAACGAGUUUGAAUUUUGCUGGAAAGUUGCAAAUUUUCGAUAAACGAGGAAUAUCCUUUAAAGUAUUAUUAGCUAUAUGUCCAAUUAUGGUUGCUUGCUUUGUUUCAUGCACAAGAAUCAGUGACAAUCGACACUUCCUAAGGGAUGUCAUCGGUGGGUCUAUCAUAGGAACACAUGUUGCGAUAUGGUUUUACUUGCAAUACUUCCCAAGUGUCUUUAAUUUAGAGAAUUGUGGACGGGCAUAUCCUCCUAGGAGAAUCGGGGUUGCAAACUUCUUUAAUAAUGUAGGGGGGUUUUGGAAGAUACGAGAUAUCUUACCUGGUGCCUAUUCCGAAAGGGUAUUAAAUAACCCGGGUGUGAUACCACAAUUAUCUGGUGAAUUACAAUCUGCUGAGUCAAUAUCCGCAGUGGACAUAGUCAAUUUAUCAACCAACAUAUCCUUUUUUAAUAAACUAACUAGCCUCCUACCAGAUAAAUAUAUUAAUCUAAAUAAUACGGAUCCUAUAUUACCCGUAUGGACUUCUAAAUGUGGUGAUAAUGAUCAUCAAAUUAGUCCAAAGAGCAUUUAA